CUGACGCCGGCCGGGAGGACGGGGAUGCGGGGGACGGCCGCGGCAGGUGCGGCGGACUAGCCCGUGUCUCUGGGGCCGCUCACACUCAGAGUCCUCCUCCACCGGGCGCGUGUCUCCUCGGGGCCCUGAGGUCCCGAGUGGGGCCGCCGCCACCUCGCGCGAGGCGGAUGGAGGAGCAGCCGCCGGCCCCACGGAGCUUCCCUUCUAGGGCGCCGAGUCCUUUCCCCCGGGUCUUUGCUGCUGACAAGGGGGCUGCUGAGUCGGAAGCCCCUGCAGAGCAUCGGAAGCUGCCCUCCUACAUCCCAGGACGCUCUUACCCGGAAUCCGGAUGGGACCGUCUGCGGGAGCUGUUCCUCAGAGAUGAACAGCAGAGAAUUUCAAAGGAACUUGAGAACAUCUACAGGGCAACACUUUCAGCAGGCAUCAUUGGCUGGGCUUACGGUGGAAUACCAGCUUUUGUUCAUGCUAAACAGCAGUAUAUUGAGCAGAGCCAGGCACAGAUCUAUCACAACCGAUUUGAUGCUGUGCAAAGUGCACACCGUGCUGCCACGCGGGGCUUCAUUCGCUAUGGAUGGCGCUGGAGUUGGAGAACUGCCUUGUUCGUGACUAUAUUCAACACAGUGAACACCAGUCUAAAUGUGUACCGAAAUGAAAAUGCCCUAAGCCAUUUUGUCAUUGCAGGAGCUGUCACAGGAGGUAUUUUCAGAAUAAACUUAGGUCUGCGAGGCCUGGUGGCUGGUGGCGUAAUUGGAGCCUUGCUGGGCACCCCUCUCGGAGGGCUGGUAGUGCUACUUCAGAAGUACUGUGGUGAGACUCUUCAGGAGAGGAAACAGAAGGACCGGCAGGCACUCCAUGACCUCCAGCUGGAAGAGUGGAAAGCCAGACUACAAGUUACUGAGAUCCUUCCCAAGGAAAUUGAAAGUAGCUUACACAGCAGUCAAACUGAGGAUGAUGCUAAGAAAAUUGAAGCUCUGCUAAACCUUCCUAGGAACCCUUCAUCAAAAGAUAAAGAAGACAGAGACUGAGAGGGCGCUGGGCUUGAAGUGCACUGUGGAAUUACAGGAGCUGUGUGGCCGUGCCCAUUGAAAACCAGGAGGCCUCCUGUGGUAGCAGUGACCCGCACUUAUCAUUGUUAAAUACACUUUUUUCUUAAACCAAUUCUUGGUACAAUAGUACUCUCACUUAUCCCUAAAUUUAAAUACAUACAUUUUGAUCUGUUGAUAGGCCUAUAUACAAAAAUGUCCAUUCCCUUUAUGAUACAGAAGUAAAAUAAAACAUUUCCCAAAAGAUGGAAGUAUAUACAGGCUGUGUAUUUGUUCAUGUAGUUCUUUAAAAAGCUGCUGCAGGAAUCUCUGGGAGGAGAGGAAAGAGCCGGGUAAGGCAGAUGGACUGUGAGGCCUCCAUGCCCUUGGAUCCCGUGAGCACGUAGUGUUCAGUUUUACUUUCACAAGAAUCAAAGAUGACUCCUGUACCACUUGAAAUAAAAUAUGGCUCUAACAAAGUAAGCCACUGGCAGGAAAGAAACAACCGAAUUUUGUUUUCUUAU